AAGGUUUUUCCGAUCCUGACCAAAAGACUUUUGAAUUACGCGAGAAAGAGAGUGGAACCUUGGAAAUUGAAGGCUUGAGCCAAGACGAACAAGCCAUUUAUGAUGCUCUUUGUAAACUCGAGCCGCACGAAGUAAGAGACAAAGAUAUCGAUUUUGCCGGAUUCACCAGCCCAAAAAAGAUCAAAAUUGCCAGCAUUGAGUCUCUUAUAGCGUUUUACAUUUUUGAUAUGAUUUUUGGCACCAAUAUCCUUGGGGCAAUUGCCUAUCCUUUUCGCAAUUGGGGAAGAGGAACCGGAGAAACAGAUGUUCCGAAAAUUGGUUACAAAGAUGUAGGAGGUUAUGAUGAAGUAAAAGAGGAACUGG